AUGGCAACAAGUAUUGCUCCACAAAAGGAGCUUUGCCGAUAUUUUCUGAGCAAUGUAUGUCGUUUUGGUGAUCGAUGUAUGUUUUCACACGAUAGAAACUCGGCAAAACCAAACAAUAUUUGUCGAUAUUAUUUACAAGGAAAAUGUGCAUAUGGAGAUCAGUGCAGAUAUGACCAUGUUCGUCCAAAACCAAAUACAUCAUCACAUCCAAUCAUUCUAUCUCAGACACCUCAAAUUUAUUAUUCUCCAGAGAAUGAUUAUUCAGAUCCAAAAUUAUUGCCAUUGGCUCAUUCAGUAUCGAAAACAAAUGGAUGUACUUCUUAUGCAGAUAUAUUGCGUGGAGUGGAUUCACUAUCAUUAGCAAAUCACAGUAAUUUUGAUAUUCAAACACAACAGCAACCUCCUUCUUCUCAGACAGUUUAUUUAUCAUUACAAUCUUUGUGUCCAUAUUCUGAAAAAGACGGUUAUUGUGAAGCAAAAGAACAUGGCGGUUAUUGUCCAUAUAUUCACGGAAAUUUAUGUGAUUUAUGUGAAAUGCCCUGUUUACAUCCAUAUAACGAAAAACAGCAAGAGGAACAUAGACUGGAAUGUAUGAAAAAACAUGAGACAGCAUGUGAAGAAGCAUUUGCCAUUCAACGUAGUCAAGAUAAAGUUUGUGGAAUAUGUAUGGAAACUGUUUGGGACAAAGAAGAUGGUGAUAAACGAUUUGGAAUACUAGAACAAUGUAAUCAUGUUUUCUGUUUGGAAUGUAUUCGGAAAUGGAGAUCAUCAUCAAACUAUGAACAUAAAGUUGUCAAAGCAUGUCCUGAAUGUCGAGUAAAAUCAGAUUUUGUUACACCAGCCAAAUAUUGGCACGAAAAUGAUAAUGAAAAGAAAAAAAUUAUUGAAGAUUAUAAAGCACAUUUACAAUCAAUGCACUGUAAACAUUUUAAACGUGGUGAUGGUCAUUGUCCAUUUGGCUCAAAAUGCUUUUAUUUACAUGCUGAUAAACAAGGCAAUCCUGUUACAUUAGCACCACCGAGACGUCGUAGACGAUUGAAUGCUCGUGGUGAACUAGAAAAUUUUAGUGAUGUAUUAAUGGUCAGUGUAUUUUCACAUGAAGAUUUCGGACGAAUAUUUGAUGAAUAUGACUUUUUAUUUGAUGAUGAAGAUUCAGAUGAUAAUUUAUCGGAUGGAGAUCCAGAUAAUGAUAGACAAAAUACGGGUGUAGGCGCAAGAGACUUUCCAUGGGUAGAUGAUAAUUCAUUUACGGAUGAAGAUGAAAACGGUCUAAUAAAUUUUUGGUAG